GGAUAUAGACAGAGACGAGCCCGCUGUGCCACUCUAUCGAGCCAAUCCAGGCGUCGAUCUCCCACAAACACAAGGAUACGAAGAUAUACACAUAAAUGAUACUUCUACUAGCAUUGAUCUCCUUUUCAUUAUGGAUUCUACAGGAAGUAUGGGCAGCUAUCUCGACAAUGCGACGAAAAACGUUAUAGAAAUAUGCCAGACUAUCAUUCAAUCUGAGAAACUUCAGGGUGAACACGCAUUACGCCUCGGUUUGAUAUCAUACAGAGACAGCAAGCCGCAGGACUAUACUUACGAAACUAAGAACUUUGGAUUCACCCAUGACUAUGAUCAAAUGCGUGAAAAUUUGAAGUCAUUAUACGCAUCUGGCGGUGGCGAUGGACCAGAAGCUGUGACCAUCGCUAUGAAGGAAGCCGUAGAGAACAUGCCAUGGCGUGCGAAUGCUUCAAAAAUGGCUGUCUUAGUCGCAGAUGCCCCUCCUCAUGGUAUUGGCGAGUAUGGUGACGGUUUUCCAGAAGGCUCCCCAUGCGGGAAUGACCCUCUACAAUUAGCACGCGUUAUGGCAUCACACUCAAUCACCCUUUUCGUCGUUGCCUGUGAGCCUGCCCUGAGUGGGUAUCAAUACUCGACAGAUUUCUUCAAGGCACUCGCAGAUUUGACAGGCGGGAUGAUGAUUCCACUCGUAUCUGCAAGUCUUCUUGCACAAGUUAUAAUCGGUAGCGCGCUCGAGCAGAUGGACAUAGAACGUCUGAUCAAGGAGGUCGGCAGUGCAGUUGCUGAGCGCGUACACGGACAAAAUGAGAACGUCGAUGACGUUGCGAGGGCACUCCAUGAGACACUCAUGCUUAGGAAUGAGAGUACGAAAAGGAUAUAUGUUGAGAAUAUCUACCGCGAGAGCGAAGAGGCUGAUUACAAUUACAACGUUUGGCGUAACAUUGCAAACAUACAAGAUGCCAAGGGAGUUGUCAAGAGAGUCCCUGGAUCGAGGUUCACCGAUAAGUAUCUAUCUAUGCGCUAUGCGUCGCCGCCUUCAUACUCCUACACAACAGGUGCACCUGCGCUGCCAGCUCGCCCGGGCGCAUCGAGCACAUCAGAAAGUUCACGAAAGCCUUUGUCCUCAUUCGCUGCAUUCUCAGCUGGUCCACAACUACACAACACAAGUAUCAUGUCAACACCAGUAGGUGCGUCAACAACCUCAGCUGCGUUCAGUGGUCCGAGAACAAGCACACGCAAUGAAGAUAUGAUGGAUGAUGAUUCUGACGACGAGAAGCUAAUCGACCAGCAGUUAGGCGAGGAAGACGACGUUAUGCAACCUGACGAAGGUGUACAGUUCCGUCAGGGAGCGAUAACAUACGAUCAGGCGAGGAGGAUCACGACGGCCAGUGCCUGGAGAUCAGCGAUGGCUUACCGAUAAUGAUAAUGAUAUCCAAUAAUGUUAUAUUUGCUAAUUAUUCAUUCUACAAGG